GCACGAACUGAGAGAGAAACAUCGGAGAGUCCCUUUUGCGAUGUCGUCCUUCUACCUCAAUAUCUUCACACUACGAAUGCUGGGAUUCUGGUUCCCAGAUGAGACUUCGGCGACCUGGAGAACAAAUUUAUACAGAAUAUACAAUGCAUUUGCUGUGACUGCCAUGUGUGGCUUUGUAUUGUCUCAAUUCUUCGCUGCCCUUUCGUGUCUUCAUGAUACAAAAGAAUUAACUAACGCCUCUUUUCUACUGGUAACGAUAAUCGCUGUCGCUGGUAAAAUGUUUAACUUGACAAUUUAUCAAUACAAAAUCAGACGAAUGGUCGGACUAUUCGAUCUUCAGCCAUUCAAGUCCUUGGAUGACAACGAAGUACUGAUUAAAUCCAAAUUUCAUCGUUCCGUCAAGCGCUUCAUUUUCGUGUACGCAACAAUGUCGAUAGUAACGUGCACAUUGAUAACAAUAUUUUCUUUAAUCCGGGACAUGCCACGUCGUCAACUGCUCUUCAAAGCUAGAUAUCCCUUCGAUGAUUCAACUGCUAUUGGAUAUUGGAUUUCUUACAUGCAUCAGCAUUACAGCCACUACUUGGGUGCAAUCUUCAACACUUUUUUUGAUACUUUUAUCGGUGCCCUGAUGCUGGAUACCUCAGCACAAUUAGAAAUUCUCAAAUAUAGGUUAAUAAUGAUGCCAAGUGCAAUGGAGAAUGAACGCUCUCAAUCCGGAUGCAAAGGAAGUCCCGAAGAAGUUCAGAAAAUCGAGAGCAAGCACCUAGAAAAUCACACGAAUCAUCACCUCGCUAUUUUAGAAUUCUCAAAAAUGACCAACGAAACAUUCACUGUCUCAAUUUUUCUCCAAUACUGCGCGAGUACUCUAGUUCUCUGCAUCAGUGUCUUCACCAUGACGAACCUGAAGCCUUUCAGCAAAGAGUUCAACUCUCUGCUGAUGUACGUCAGCUGUAUGUUGGUGCAGAUAUUUGUCAUUUGCGAUGCAGCGAAUGAUGUUACUGUCAGGAGCGAGAACAUGUCGGAGGGUAUCUACAGGAUGGAUUGGACGUGUCUAUCAAUCGCCAGCCAGAAAAGUCUUGUGCUCAUCAUGGCUCGUACUUUGAAACCUAUAAGAUAUACAAGUGGACAUGUUGUUAAUUUGUCUCUAGUUUCUUUCGGCAGUUUACUGAAGCUUUCAUACUCCGUCUACAAUAUCUUGAGUCAGUCGUCUGAAUGAAACGUCAAAUUUCACUUCGAAUCAUCGAUUGAAUGAAAAUACAUUUUUCCAUGAGUUGUCGUUAUUAUUUUUUCUUUUAUAAAAUUAAGUUGUGAUUACUCGAAUCUACCGAGUAACUUUUAUUUAAUUAAUUUUUAUUUAAUUAAUUUUAGAUUUUGUAAUUAUGAAAAAUAAUGGUUUAGUACUCGAAAA